AUGGCUGCCCCUAUCAUGGCUACCUAUCAUGGCUGUCUUUACCAUGGCUACCUACCAUGGCUGCCCCUACCAUGGCUACCACUAUCAAUGCCUGCCACUACCAUGCCUACCAUCGAAAUCCAUGGUAGUAGUAGUUAUGGUAGUGGUAGCUAUGGUAGUGGCAGCUAUGGUAGUGGCAGCCAUAAUAGGGGUGGCCAUGGUAGGGGUGGCCAUGGUAGGGGCAGUCAUGGUAGGGGCAGCCAUGGUAGUGGCAGCCAUGGUAGGGGCAGCCAUGGUAGUGGCAGCCAUGAUAGUGGCAGCCAUGGUAGAUGA